AAUAGCUGUUCUUUCUUUUUACCAUAUAUUAAACAUGCCUAAAUUAACAACAAAGACGACCAAAAAAAUGGAGAGCGCCGAGGACAUGAGAGCCUUUGGUCCUAUUUUCAACAAAGAUCUCGGUCAGCAUAUUUUGAAAAAUCCUCUUGUUGCUCAAGGUAUUGUUGACAAGGCUAACCUCAAGGCAUCAGAUACAGUUUUGGAAAUUGGUCCUGGUACGGGUAAUUUGACAGUUAGAAUUCUUCAAGCCUGUAAGAAAGUGGUUGCUGUAGAAAUGGAUCCCCGUCUUGCAGCCGAAUUACAAAAGCGUGUGCACGGAACAUCGGAUCAAAAGAAGCUUCAUAUUUUACUGGGUGAUUUCAUGAAGACUGAAUUACCCUACUUUGAUGUCUGUAUCAGUAAUACCCCUUAUCAAAUUUCAUCCGUACUUGUAUUCAAGUUACUCGCACAUCGUCCCAUGUUCCGUACUGCUAUUCUCAUGUUCCAGCGUGAAUUUGCUUUACGACUUGUGGCCAAACCUGGAGAUGAAUUGUACUGUCGUCUUUCCGUCAAUGUUCAAUUAUUAGCUAAAGUCGAUCAUGUCAUGAAGGUCGGUAAGAACAAUUUCAGACCUCCUCCCAAGGUUGAAUCUUCCGUCGUUCGUCUUGAACCCAAAAACCCUCCCCCACCUAUCGAUGUCAAGGAGUUUGAUGGUUUAUUACGUAUUUUAUUCACAAGAAAGCACAAGAUUUUCCCUGCUAAUUUCAAACAAACCACCGUCAUGAAUAUGCUCGAACAAAAUUACAAGACCUUUUGCUCUGCGCAUGAAAUGAUGGUGGAAGCAGAUUUUGAUAUCAAGACCAAGGUACUGGAUAUCAUUGAAUCUGUUGGUAUGUCAGAUAUGCGUGCAGCAAGAUGUGAUUUAGAUGAUUUCCUCAAGCUUUUGCUCGCUUUCAAUAACGCCAAUAUUCAUUUCUCUUAAUUCUCUUUUUCUGUUUUUGUAUCUUUAUUUUCAAGUUAUGGCUCAUUACCCCCCAUCCAUCCAUUUUGUAGAAGGAAAAAAAAUUAUAAAGACUAUCUCUUUUUUUUUCAAAAUUUAUGCGAUAGACUUAAACUUAUAUGAUAGACAAUGGUGUCCAGAGGAAUAGCGGGAUGUUACAAUGUGUAUGUUUAACCAUUUGUGCCAUCUAUUAUUUGAUAAAAUGCAUUAAACCGUGGUGAAAAAUACAAACUUUUGUAUCACAAUUACGAAUUGUACCUGAAAAAAAUCAUUCGGUC